AUGUAUCCACCACCUGAAGAUCAAUUUGAAUGGAUACCAGAUGCAGAAUUUCCUGAUCACGUCAGCAUCGCCCUGUUUGUUACAGCUAUCAUUGUCAUCAGCAUUGGAAUUGUGGGUAAUCUGGGUGUUCUGCUGGUGGUUGCUAGGACACCAGACAUGCGCACCCCGAUGUACCUUUGUCUUUCAAGUCUUAGUGUUUCCGAUAUCUUCGUUCUGUUGAUCCUUCCCAUAAUUCCUUUGACCCGGCUUCUCAUAAACAUGGAAACAAACCUGGGUGUUGUGAUAUGUUACAUGAUGAGUGUCUUCGACAAAAGCUCACUGACAUGCUCAGUUCUGAUCGUCCUCUUCAUCAGUGUGGAGCGACUCAUCGUCGUCUACAGGCCGCUGAGGGCCGGACAAUUCAUAACCACCAAGAGAACUGCCAUAAGUCUCACGAUCAUCUGGCUCUUCUCCUACGCCGUCAACGCCGGCUUCAUCACCAUGACGGAGUAUCAUCAGAGAGUUAUCAAUGGAACACAUCAAGAAGAGUGUGCUUUUUUCUCCCUUCAGCCUUGGCAAGACCCAUACUUCACGGCAAUGAUCUGUAUCUUUUUUUUCCUGCCGCUCAUCGCUAUCAUCGUGCUCAACGGCUUCAUUAUUAAACGCGUGGCCAUGGACCCGCCUUCUGACUCCUCCGCCAGCGAGGGCACCACCGUUGCGCGAAGAGCCAGACGCCAAGCAGUCGUCAUGAUCUUUAUCAUUGUUGUUCUCUUCAUCGUUUGCAUCGCUCCUUUCCAGGUGCUGGUUAUGAUUGAGAUUUACGGUUCCGAUUUACUGGCCCCCUUGACGGAGGUGCAGUGGCAGGCGCUGAUUUGGUGCAGCCGAUUCACGACGUACAUCAACAGUGCCGCUAACCCCAUCGUCUACAACAUCGUCUCGUCCAAGUUCCGCGCCGCCAUGUUGAAAUCCUUGACGUGUGGCAAGAAUAAAAACACCAAUGCUUCGAGAAUUGAGUCGGCGUCUCGGUCAACCAUAUUUACCACUUGA